AUGAGUGCAGAUAACUCAUUUGGGACCGCCCUUAUGUCGACCGCCUUGGGAGCAUGGUGCAAAGAACGUUAGUUUUAUUAAUCCAAGGCUAUGUAACUAUUUCAAUUUUUAAGUUUACAGUAAGGGCGCCUUCGAUGACUGCCUCGAUGGCAAAAAGUGCGAUAACCCAUCCUACAAGCCAUGCUGCGUCGACAAUUCCUAUUGUGCAUUCUACAAUCAGGCAUGGUUCAUGUGGGUGUGCAUCGGUGGCGGCGUCCUGAUCAUUGUGCUCAUUGUCCUCAUCUGCUGCUGCAUUUGCAAGAAGAGAGGAGGAGGAGGAUGA